GCUGAAACGCGCGGCUUCGGGGCCGCCGCAAACGCAAACGUGUGGCGUAGCCUACGGCGUGGUAACGCCGACGCAAGUGUACACAUUUUGAGCCAAUUAUCGACGAGGACGCGGCGUGUCGAGCUCGUGAUAACGACCCAGCCGCGCGAAAAGGCCGACAAUGCUCCGAGAACAUUUUCUUCGGUCGCGCAGUGCAUCGUAGAUAAGACCGAGCACCAGAAUCCAGAAUAUAAAAAAAGGAAUCUACAAUAGAAUACUACGCAUUGAAUGUUACGUCGACUUCCUCGAUGAGUGAUGGACAAUGGCGUUCUACACGUGUCCAAGUACCUGACAUCCUUCGACAAACAGUUCGUCCAGCCGUUUAAUUUAAUCCCAAAAGCGACCGGCCUCGUGAAUGAACGCGAGAUGGACGUCUGAAUCGAAGCCGUCAUGGCCCCGUUUCUAUUGAUCCUGCCGUUGCUGGCAUCGCUGCGCUACCUGAUACAGCCGAUCGACGGCGCAAUUGAAGGCGGAUCGACAAAGGAAAGCGACCUGAUUGAUCCUCGCGCGAGGCCGGAAUUCAUCAAGAGUGUUUUAGCGCAAACCGGCGGAAACGCGCUGCUACCCUGCCAAUUCAACAGUCCUGGAAUAGUAACGUGGAUCAGACGAAAAGACAGACAACUACUCACAUUAGGUAGAGACACACAUUCUAUAGACACACGGUUCGUUGUCGCAAACAAUCGCAACGGUCCUAGCUGGAAUCUACUGAUUAAGAACGUCAAGCAAGAAGAUGCGGGUCUUUACGAAUGUCAGAUUCAGACAGCACCAAUGCAGCAGCGAUUCGUGCGAUUGAACAUCACGGAGGCGUACACGGUGAUACCGGGUGGGCCGGAUCUCCACGUGAAGCAGGGAUCCAGCCUGCGUUUGGAGUGCCAGCUGAUGGCGGCCGCAGAAUCGCCCAGCUACGUGUUCUGGUAUCGCGAGGCGCGCAUGAUAAAUUACGACAACGAGCCCGGCGUUAGAUUCGAGCUCAGGCAAAAUGGCUCUGUGCUCGUCGUGGAGAAGGUGAAGCUCUCACACGGCGCGAAUUACACGUGUUUGCCGAGCAAUGCCAGACCGGCUCACAUCAUGAUACAUGUCAUCGAAGAAGAGGAGAAACCGGCGGCCAUGCACGGAGGCGAUCGGCGAAAUUCCACGGCGGCUACGUCAAGCAACAUCAUACUGACCCUCGUGGCUCUCCUGAUUAUCGCAGAUAUAAGACGGUGCUUCCAGAUUCUCAUCUGCCACGCCACGUGACUAUCGCAAACCGACACUUUCGUGAAGCCGAAGCUCGCUGGGAGAAGUUCAAAGAUUUCACGAUCUUUUUUUCAACGAUUCAAAACGCCUCGCCGAAUCCACGUAUCGAAAAAUCAUGGCCCUUAGCUCAUCUCAUAUCUCGAGAGCUGAAAUACUCUGGCGAUGAAAUCCAAACGUGAAGGAAGAUGUGACAGAUUCCGCGUGGGAUCAAAGAAAAACCUAUUUGCGAAACUUGAAGCGAGAGAUUCAGCUGCAGACAGUUUUCCAAGAGUCUGUAUCCCCAGUGGCGAAAUCUAAGGAGGACUGUGAAGUUUCACGUAAUCAUGUAACUUUCGUUUAAAGAAACGUCUUAUCCAAGUGACACUACUUGAUAGAAACUCUGCUUGAACUCGUAACGAGUGAAUAAUAUUCGUGGAAUGAGAUUUGGAUGUCUUUCGACGUGGACGAAUUUCUUCGCGAACUUCAAAAACUAAGUUGCCUUGUGUCGUUGGUCAUCAUAAACUCGCGCGCAUUGAAACAGAAGUUUUUUUUUUCGCGAAAACUUAUUAUUUCUACUAUUAAAAUAUCUUCAGACUUUAAAUUUUAUCAACCGC